AUGGACCGCAAGAAACGGCAGAUAGUCGUCCCAGUAGCGCAGCUGAUCGAUCAUCAACGUGCCCGGGUUGCCGUAAUCUACGACGUAAAGCAAAGCCGACGGUGGCAGCAGCCAGGAAUCGGAAGCGGAAACCUUCGUGAACCAAACAGCAGCAGCGGAACGCAUUCGAAGGAGGGUGGUGCGGGUGCGGCACGAGGUGAAGUGCUCAAAAAGGACAAGGCGAGCUUCCUGCAGGAACAGCAGCUGUUCCACGACCGGAAUGGGAUGGGAGGUAGGAAUGUGGAUUCGCACCGGUUGUAUUCGGUGGUGGUGGCCCGGGAUUGGUGAUUGAAGGUCAAUUCCCGCGAGGACUGUAACGACAUCAUCGCGGAGAUGGCGCUGCCGAAGAGUUGCGUGAACAACGAGAUUGCGUUGAAGAAGAUAAACAUCCGGGUUUUGGACAAGUACGAGACAGGUGAUUUUCACGGUGAGGAGAAGGAGCCGACGAAGAGGAGGACGACGAGAAGCGGGAUAAUCGGAGGUGGCCAGAGCGGAUGUUGCACUCGGUGCCGGCGGUUUACAACACCGCAACUAACCGCCCACAAAUGCUCAUCUCGCGACGGCGCAGCUCCAGCCGAAUGAACCUGGACAGCGUGCCGAAAAAAUCUGUGUCAUUCUCGAAGGACGAUGGAGUGCUCGAAAUCGAAUUCCGUUCCGAGGGCCUCAUCAACCCAAUGUUCCGGAUGCGCUUCCAGAAUCUGGAACUCCCCGUUCAGGCACUUCACUUUCCAGCCGGGAAACGUCGAUCACCCUUGCCGAAUCUACAAUCAACUUCUCCAAACCUGUCCUGAUGAAGGCCGGCAA